CUUAUAAUGAAUCACAUUUUGAGUAUUUUUGUAAAGGUGUUGUUUUUUUGAAUUUGCUGCAGUUGCUAACGUUAAAUGGAAAUAUUAUUUAUUCACCUAUAUUACGUGUACCACGUUAUCAUUGUCGGUUGUCAUUUGUUUAUGAUAUUCGUUAUUUUGAAAAUUUCUGUAACCGGGAACUAUUUUAUCAUCUACAUAAGAUAGUCGAAAACAUCUGUUUUCAGAUAUGUGUUGAUUGGUAACAUGAAUGCCUCAG